AUGGGGUCUGAAGCACAUUUUGGUCCGGACACGAUUAAAGGAACGGGGAUUGCGUUGAUCGUGCUGACUUCGCUGGUCGUCGGGGUGCGGUUCAUCGGAUCGAUUCGAAGAGUAAAGGAUCUGAAGGCGGAAGACUAUCUUUUGCUGGUUGGCGUUCUAUACAUCUACAUUGCUCCCGCCAUCUUUCGACUCGCAGCCCUGUCAGCCGGAACGAUCCCAAUUUAUGCGACUGUCGAGGAGGACUCGGUGCAGCUGCAGAUUGUGUUCUUCGUUACAACUUCAUCGCUAUGGCUUUGUUUAUGGAUGGUCAAGUUCUCGCUUUUGUCGAUGUAUAAGCGGUUGCUUGUUGGGAGGACGUAUCUCAUUGCUUGGUGGGCUAUUGUGAUUUCUUGCAUUUUGUUUCUUAUCGGCUGCAUCUUAUCCUCCUGGCUCUCCUGCUCAAGCUUCCACGCCUGGUUCACGGCAGGAGGAUGCUCCACCGCACGAGACCACCGCGCCGCCCGAAUUAGUCUAUACUAUGCGUAUGCAGUGGACAUCGUGACCGACCUAGCAAUCAUGUUCCUACCCCUCCGCCUCAUCUGGAAUCUCCGCAUGAAACGAAAACAAAAACUCAGCAUUGGCGGCCUCUUCUGCUUCGGAUGGAUUUGCAUAUUAAUAUCCACGAUCCGCGUCAUCCAACUCGGCGGUACGAUAAAUGGUGUACCCGCGCCCUCAUGGCUGGCCCUGUGGGCAACAAUCGAGGCCUCGAUCGCCGUAAUGAUUGGCUGCUGUCCCGGCCUUUACCGCGUAGUAAAAAACGGCAAAUCACCCUCAAAGAACUAUGAUUACAACUCCUACAUGCGCGGUGGUGGGAUACCCUCGGGAGGACACCGGGGAGGCGAGAUUGCGUUGAAUAGUUUUGCGGGUAAAAACGGGACGUACCAAUCGGCCAAUGCGUAUCGCUCUUCGAGUCCGGCGAGUAGUCAGGAGAAUUUGGCUGGCCCCGAGAGGGGAAAUAUUGUGGUUAAUUAUGGGAUUGCCGUUACGGUUGAGGAGAGGUUGGGUGGUUUUGGGCGGACCCAGAGAUUCGUUUGA